UUCUCAGAUCCACUUUCCCUGCAGAACCUUCAUCAUCUUUCCCUUCUCUCUUCUCUUUCUGAGGUAGCAAUGGCGGCUUCUUCUCCUCAUUCCUUUCUCCUCCAAAACCCAACCCAUCCCACCAACGACUACUUUUUCAAAAGACCCACUUCCCCAAACGGCUACUUUUUUAAGAGACCUAAUUCCAAGAAGCCCCUCUCCAUCACUUGCACAACCCUCUCCUCAUCCUCUUCUCCAUCUUCCUCUGUCUUACCUUCCUUCACUGAUGAGUCCAAGAUCCUCAAGGAAAGGAUCUUCAACUUUGCCGCUGGGCCCGCGACGCUGCCCGAGAAUGUCAUCCUCAAGGCUCAAUCGGAGCUUUACGAUUGGCGUGGGUCUGGCAUGAGCAUCAUGGAGAUGAGCCAUAGAGGUAAGGAAUUCCUCUCUGUUAUACAAAAGGCCGAAUCGGAUCUACGUGCCCUCUUGAAGAUCCCCGAUGAUUAUGACGUGCUUUUCCUGCAAGGCGGGGCCACCACCCAAUUCGCGGCAAUCCCGUUGAAUAUCUGUACGCCUGAUGAUCCGGUCGAUUACAUCGUUACCGGUUCCUGGAGUGAUAAGGCCUUCAAGGAAGCGCAGAAAUUCUGCAAGCCUAACGUCAUCUGGUCAGGGAAAUCAGAAAAAUACACAAAAAUCCCUUCUUUUGAUUCUCUUGAUCAAAACCCAGAUGCCAAAUAUCUGCAUAUCUGUGCAAACGAGACUAUCCACGGUGUCGAAUUCAAGAAUUACCCAACACCCAAAUCGAAAGAUGCAAUUUUGGUCGCUGACAUGUCGUCGAAUUUCUGUUCUAAGCCGGUCGAUGUCUCAAAGUUCGGUUUGAUCUACGCUGGUGCCCAGAAGAACGUGGGCCCAUCAGGGGUCACCAUCGUGAUCAUCAAGAAAGAUCUGAUCGGGCACGCCCAGGGGAUCACUCCUGUGAUGCUCGAUUACAAGAUCCACUCGGAGAACAAAUCACUCUACAACACGCCGCCGUGCUUUGCAAUUUAUAUCUGCGGGUUGGUUUUCGAGGAUCUGUUAGAGCAGGGCGGAUUGGAGGAGAUUGAGAGGAAGAAUAUGAAGAAGGCAGGGAUCCUCUAUGAUGCUAUCGAUGGGAGUGGUGGAUUUUACAGGUGCCCUGUUGAUAAGUCAGUGCGGUCGUUGAUGAACGUCCCAUUUACCCUCGAGAAGUCAGAUCUGGAGGCGGAGUUCAUCAAGGAAGCAGCCAAAGAGGGUAUGGUCCAGCUCAAGGGUCACAGAUCGGUGGGUGGUGUCCGUGCUUCAAUCUAUAAUGCAAUGCCUUUGGCUGGUGUUGAGAAGUUGGUGGCUUUCAUGAAGGAUUUUCAGACUAAGCAUGCUUGAUCCAGGCAAUGUGGCGUAAAAUUCUGUUAGAGUAGUUUAUGGAUUUAUGUCAUAUUGUGUUUUUUUUUUUUUUUUUUCCUUUCUUUCCCUUUUUAAAUCUUUUUGGAUUGUAUUUAAAUUGCAUUUGAUACAAAUCUGAGUAUGGUUGUGAUGCCCGAUGGGCAGAUUUUAAUCAAAAUUUAGCCUGGGUUGUUAUAAAAUGGCCUUUUAUUGAU